CUUGUGGUAUUAACACUGAUUGUUUUCUGUUUCUUUACAGGUACUGCAGGGUUCCCUGGUCCGAUUGGAUUAAAAGGAGAGACUGGUGGUGUAGGUGGCCAGGGUCUUCCAGGGAUGCCAGGACCUAUUGGUCAGAGAGGCGAUCCGGGCUUUAAGGGUGAUUUGGGAUCUAGCGGCCUCAUCGGUCCCCCUGGUCCACCAGGAACGCCCGGGGACCCGGGUAAGAAGGGUGAAAAGGGUGAUUUCGGUGUGGAUGGAAGACCGGGUUUUGAUGGUGAGCCGGGCAUUAUGGGAAAACCAGGACAGAAGGGUGACAAGGGAAGUAUUGGCGAUACAGGUCCAGAAGGAAUGGUCGGUCCAAGGGGCCCUGAAGGUCAAUCCGGAAGAAUGGGUGAGCGAGGAAUGAAAGGUCAAAAGGGCCAAGAGGGGCUUAUGGGAGAGCCUGGAAUGGAGGGUGAGGUUGGACCAAUGGGACCUGCUGGUACACCAGGGGACAGUUUUGACCCAGACAACAACAUGCACGUUAGGACAAUCAAAGGUGAGAAGGGGGAUUCAGGGCUGCGAGGGCCACAAGGCUUGUCUGGUCGUGACGGGUCGCCAGGGAACGAUGGUUUCAAUGGAACGGAUGGAAUGCCCGGCUUCAAUGGGAUGGAUGGAAGGGACGGCAAGACUGGGUCACCGGGUAUGAAAGGGGAGAAAGGUGAUUCUGGCGCUGUCGGGCAAAUGGGCAUUAAAGGCAUGCAAGGAUUCCCGGGACUGCCAGGAGACAGGGGUCAGAAGGGUGAGGCGGGAGACAGCGGAGAAUUAACACAAGGGUUACCGGGACCUGCUGGUCCACAGGGCCCGCCUGGCGACCCAGGACUCAUGGGACAAAAGGGUGAUUCGGGAGCGGCUGGCACCCCAGGGAAGGCAGGUCCACAAGGUGUUGAAGGAAGCAAGGGAGAAAGGGGUAGUGCUGGCCCUAUAGUCAGUCAGUUUGGAAUAAUGCAGGGACCACCAGGCGACAAAGGAGACAUGGGUGAUCUGGGAUUACCAGGGGAACGUGGACAACCUGGUUUGAAUGGCACAGAUGGUAAAGACGGAACUCCUGGAUUGAUGGGUCUGGAAGGAAUGAAAGGAAAUAUGGGAGAUAUGGGUGUACCGGGAACGCCUGGGGAAAAGGGAGAGACAGGUGAUAGGGGAGAGAAGGGUGACCAGGGAUCUGACGGAUUACCAGGGAUGCAGGGAUUAGAAGGAAUGGUUGGCCAGCCAGGUAUGGACGGACUGACUGGACCACCAGGUGUAGGAGAGAAGGGAAGCCCUGGUGAAAUUGGACCCACGGGAAUAGCUGGUGCUAAAGGUGACAAGGGAGAGAUUGGGUUACAGGGUGAAAUCGGACCCCAAGGCAUUGCUGGUGUACAGGGCAUUAAGGGUAUGAUAGGGCCCCCGGGUCUGGUAGGACCAACAGGCCAGUAUGGACCUCAAGGGCCAAGGGGUGAAAAGGGAACUAUUGGACCAAUGGGUUUGUCUGGAACGAAGGGUGAAAUUGGAGAGAGGGGAGAGGUCGGACCAAAGGGAAGUAUGGGUUUGGUUGGUGAUCCAGGGAAAGCUGGCAGAGAUGGGCCUAAAGGAAAUAUGGGCCCACCAGGAUUAAAAGGCGAUAUGGGUGAUACAGGUUUUACUGGAUUGUUGGGUCCCAAGGGAGACAGAGGUGAUGAUGGGACGGAAGGUGAAAAGGGUGAACAAGGAAGGCGAGGCAAGCGGGGGUAUAAGGGAUCCCCUGGGGACCCCGGACCGCCCGGCCUGGACGCUCCAGUCCCUGUGGGUUCCAACGGGUUACCUCUGCCAGAAUGCUGCUUUUACCAACCAUAGUAGGAAACGAAAUCACUUGACGGACAAACAACUGGACUAUUUCUUAGGGUUAAGUCAUCGAGCAUACUCUAUUUUAUUUUAAAAGAUCACGACGCAACAAGAAAAGUCCCAGAGUCGUCAUUUUAGUACUAUACCAUAUGGAUUUGUACAUAUAGCAGAUAUAUUAAGAUUAAAGUGUAAAAAACAAACAAAAUUUUUAAAACCAUUACAAAAAAUACUUAUAAUGAAAAGUUUAUAUAUUUUUUAUUGUAUUCUAUUCGGAGAGAGACGUUUCCUGGUUGUGUGAAAGAGGGAGAAGUCCGGAAUUUUUAGAGUUGAAUUGUGAAGGUUAAAAAUGUGGGAAAUCAUAUUUUAUCUUUGGACACAGCUUCUCUCAUACCUACUUACCUCAUUUGUCUGUAAGCUUCAGUUGGGAAAGACUUGUCAUUAAAGACCAAGUAAAUUUUACUUGGUUGUGGGUCAAUUGUGUAAAGCCUGUAUGCAGAAUUUGUUCUGCCUACGAAGUGGCCAUAAGCAGAAAUGUUAUAAACACUGCUAACCGCGUAAUAAGCAAGGAAAAGGGCACGCUAGCUUGCUGGGGAGCUCCUUGCAAUUUGGCCCUUUUGGGUAUAUUAGCCCCAAAUUAUUAAUCAAAACAAUUUGGUCGAUUGGUGUGGAAUUUUAGAGUUUUCCACGGCCAUUAUGAAUGUUUUUCUUUAUAUCCCCUAAAUACUGAGUCUAAAGAUAGUUUUGAAACAAGUUUGAAUCACCUUGCUAUGUUUUCUGUUUCUAUAACUUUUAUUGUGUUAAUGGGAAUCGACAGUUCGAGAAUGUCUUCAAGUGUUGUUUCUGCGGCCUUCUUUGUUGGCAAGGGUAAACAAAUAAGUAUUAUUAUUUUUUAAUCGAUUGUUUUUAAUUAAUUGUAGAAAUUAAACUGGAGAGGGUGACUUGUUUUAGUGUCUUAUAUAUCCAUCUGGAAUAUGUUUUAGCUGACCUAGGAAAAUGUGUAAAUAGAAAGAACAACAGAUCGCUCAAUGACAUGAAUUUCAAUGUUGUUAUUGGCUGAAAUUUGCUCAUGAAUAUUCAAAAGAGGAAAGGGAUGAUUGGAUUGGUCACUGCUUUUCAAUGAAUAUUGAUAGCAAGGUUUUACUUGACUAUAUGAUGCAUGCAGCUACCACACUGAAAAUGCAAAUCAUGAAAAUGCUAAAUACAUUUUUAAAAAACAAAUCUGUUUUAAUAGACAAUAAUAAAGCUGUAAAUAUUUAUGCACAGGAAUUUGUAUGAAGUAUUCGUUUAAAAAACAAUUUUCGUAAAAGAGAAAACUUCUGAAAUUUGUUUCCAAUCAUAAUUUGUUCUGUAGUCAGCCGUUCAAUAUAUAAAUAGUAGCUACAGGGCACGAGGCUGUAAACGUAUUUAUUGUUGUAGAGUUUUUUAUUUAUAACUGGUGGCAUGGCAAACAAUUGGUUUGUUAUUUACUGAAACUUUCUUAAGGGCCUGAAGUUUAAGGGAAAGUCACAUUUUCAUUUGAAGAUAGAUACUUUAGUUCGGAAAUCCAAGUUUUCAAAUGAGGAUUUUUGAAAUUACCCCCAAUGCAAGACCGUUGUCAUUUUUAAUAUUAUUAAAAUCAUGCUAUAAAAUUAACUUUUAUGCAUCAUUUAUAAAACAGUAGGCUUUGUAUGAACAUGUACAUAUGUAUAGAUAAUUGUGUAUUACUUACAUACAUAUAGUAUCAUGUAUAUUACAUUGACCAUUUUUGCAUGUAGUAAAGAUAUGAAAAAUACAGAAAAUGAUGCCCGAUAUGAAUUGAGAUUAAUGCCAACUUUGCACAUAAUCAGAAUUAAACAUUUUACUUUUUUAUUAUUAUUUUUUUAUUUAAUUUAUUAUUAUUUUAUUUUUAUUUUUUAUUAAUAUUUCUUUCUUUCUUUCUUUAUUUUUUUUUAUUUAUUUAUUUUUUUUUUUGGGGGGGGAGGGGGAGCUCUUUUCCAUUUGUUUCCUUUAUGAUGGAAAGAAAAUAUUUUGUUGGAAAUCCUUAAAGUUUGCCUUCAAAUUUUCCAUUCAAUAGUUAACAUUUGGUAACAAGUUUUUGUUUUAUAUAUCUGGGUGUUUUUUAGGGGUGGGGGUCAAAUUGGAUUUUACUUCAUAACAAGCUGCAAGAACUUUGUGGCAGUAUUUAUUUUGUAAGUCUGCAAUGCAGGUUUAAGUCUCUUUGAAAUGACCCUGGGUUCCCUGAAGUGAAAUUUGUAUUUUUUAAGGUUUUUGUUUCUGAUGUUCAGACUUAUGCAAAGCUGUACCAUUAUGCAAAUAACAUAUACAUAUUUAUAAGGUGCUCAUGAAUAAUGUAUUUGCUUAAUGUUUUUUAUCUUGCCUGUGAGUGAGUUGAAUACCUCAUCUUGGGCGGAGUCAAUGUGUACAUGAAUAAAUGAUAUUGAUGACUGAUCAUCAAUAUUAACGUAUAA